CGCGCAAAGCAAGCAACCAAGCCGUCACAAGGGAUGUGUAAGUUUUAAACGUGAAAAUGGCCGCUGGAAGAAGCGCUGCAGGCCAGGAAAUCAAACAACACUUUGCCACAAAGGAAGGCUGCUAUAGACUGCUGGAUUUGUCUGUUUAUUCGCGACCCACGAAGAUCCCUUACUCAGCUCAACAAUGUCACCCAGUGCGAGUGUCAUUCGUUACGGUGAAGGACCAGGGUGGUUGUAAUGAGCGAAUCGCGUUCAAUGUUGGAAGAGAAUUGUACUUUUACAUCUACAAAGGAGUGAGAAAGGUGAGAGGAAUGCUUGAGUAUUGUGAAGAAUGCACAUCAAAUUAAGAUACUGUUUGAAGUCUUAAGUGAACGCAUUUCAAUGCGGUAUAAUUUCCGUUUUCUUGCACGCACUGGCAGGUUUCGUUUUGUUGUUGUUUCAAUGUUGUUGCGGUGAUCUUAGUUAAUGCGUCUGAAAAUUUUUAGAGAAAUAUCCCCCGUUAUUCACGCGGCUGAAAUCCCUCUUUACGUUACGGUCCCUUCACAAGGCUUGUUGUUGAGUAUUGUCUGGGCAAUGAAUUUGGUCGCUGCGUCUUGUUCUUGGAACACUAGUAAAUGUGAUAAUGUGAUUGCUUAGCUUAAAUGUUAAGAAAAGAAAAAUACUUUAGCUUAUGUAGAUAUCCCUUCUAUGGUCUCUGCCUUUCAUUGCAAGAUUUAAGUAUUACUUAGAGGUCCAUGUCUAAAAUUACUCUAGAAAAAUUCUGAUUCCUCCUUAUUGAACAUUCAUCAUAGAUGACUCGAGCUCGAGUAUAUUCGGUAUAUUGAUGUGAUCAAAUCUUCGAGAAGAAUAUUCUCAGACAUCAAUAUAUUCUAAUUUCUGGGAAAAUCUUCAGCGAAAGCUUGUUAAGCUUCGAUUGUUUUUAUUUUCUUUGUAAAUUUCAGUUUUGAUUAAAAUUAUGAAAUACAUUUACCAAACACCGUUAGCGUGUGUUUAAAUUUUAGGAAAAAUACGUUGUCUAAAUAUGAAUACCCCCGGGUAUAAUUUAUUUGGCGUCUGAUUCAUUUGAACAGUAAAGAUAAGGUGUAUAUCAUUAAAUAAUUGCGGUGCCUGACAAUAAAAAUUUUUAUCCAUAACACCAGUCACAAACAGACGUUUGAUUUAAUGAGUUUAAUUUAGGUUUGUUUUGAAGAGGUGAAAACUUUCCUUUACGCCUAUUAAUACCACUUUCCAAUUUUUCUUUAAUGUAUCUAUGGGCAAAGCCCACCGUCUUCUCAAAUUUUGACAAUCACUUUGAGGAUUUAUUGUCCAAGUGUCAUGCCUUUUCAAAGUCUUAAUAUCAAUGGAUUUAUUUUUAGCUUGGGUCAAUCAAAUAGCUGGCAGAUGUUUGUCUUCUUAAAAUUUAAAUAUAGUCUAAACAUGCUCUUAAGCUAUCAUGCAAGACACAUUUAGCUGUGGUUGGUCCGGUGAAUCAUGUGUUAUUUUUUUAUUUUUGAACAACCAUGCACUCGCUUAUUUAACAUCCAGAGGGUUGCUUUGAUAAAUAGGGGAGUGAUUCGUGACAAAAUUCAAAUGCGUAUUGUCUCAUUAUUGAAAUGAAAUUUCUUGGUUAUUUAAACCAAAAACACUUCUGUGUUGCUAAAAAGAAAUUUGAAACCUUACGUGAAAACAAGAUUGUUGCAUCCAAGUAUACUAAUGCACUGCUGCAAAAUGAUUUCAGGACAAGUUGUUUUGUAAGGUGACUGAUUUAGUUAUCUGUUGUUGACUCAUCUACAAACAGCGUAAUGUUUGCUCUAAAGAAAGAGUUUUGCUUCCAACCUUUUGUAUGCUGUUGCAUGGAAACAUGUAACCAUUCAAGUUGUAUUUAAGUGAAGCAGAGUUAGCUUUGAAAGUUGCUGAAAAUGAUGCAGACAUAGAGAUACAUUAAGGAUCUUGAUUAGUAGUCAAUGUGUUGCCAAUGAAAUUUUUUCAAACUCUUAAACAAUGUUUCCUUAUCUCACUCAUAAAUGAUCAUAUCAAGCUCUUCUCAGUAUUUUUCUGAUAUUGUCAAACCUGUAUUUAGCAAUACCACAUUAAGCAGUCACCCUAUCUUCUUUAUUAACUCUUUCACUCCCAGAUCACAUUAGUAAUUCUCCUAACUGUCUGACAUACAAAUCUUAUAAUGUUAGUUCAGAGAAUUUAGUAUGGGAUCAACUAAGUAUCUGCAAAUCAAUAUCUUCCUUUUUUCUCAUCACUUGUUUGGUUGAUACUGUAUUGAUAUUGUAAGUAGAAAUUCUGUCUUGGUCACUAAUGGGAGUUAAGGGAUUAAGCAGUCACUGGUCAAAGUCCUGAUAUUUUCCCCCAGAGUACUGUACCAUUAAUUUUCACUUCUAUUGAGCAGUUGUUGUCAUCCCUGACUGAGUUCUAACAGUUUGUUUGUAUUGUCUUCUGUCAGUAUUGAGUGAUCAUUUAAAUAGGGAACACUCAAAAUAAAGUUAACCCUUUAACUCCCAAGAUCUCAUUAGUAAUUCUCCUUACUGUCUCCCAUACAACUCACAUGAUGUUAGUUUGGAGAAUUUGGAAUUCGAUCAAGAAAGAAUUCCCUAACUGAUGUUUUCUUUAUUCUCAUUACUUGUCUGCUUGAUAUUGUACUGAUAGUGUGAGGAGAAAUUUUUUCUAGGUCACUAGUGGGACUUGAAGGGUUAAGAAUAAUCUCUUGAGUAAAUUUGAUCCCAUGUUUAUCUGCUGGGAGUAAAGUGACUCAGAAUUAGGAAUGGAAGUGUGACAUGAUAACUGCAAAUGGCAAACUUAAAAAUUUAUGCCAAUUUUUUCUGGCAUUUCUACUCCUCAUGGCAAGCAAAACAGUUGCAGCUUCAAGCACUGCAUGAUGAUAGUCUGUUAGCUUAACUGGGAAUAAACUUGCAUUAACCAACCUCUUACAAUGUGAUUUGGGAUGGAAAUAUUUUAUUUUUUAACCUUUUAACUUCCGAGAUCUGAUUGUUGUUUGUCCCCUGUAGCUGCUACACAUUUCCUUGUAAAUUAGUUAUGUGAACUUGGUGCUAGAUCAAGAUAGAAGCUUCUACCUGAUAAGCUUGAAUAUUCCCAUUACCUGUUUGCUGAAGAAUGUAUGGAUAUUGUUGGGAGAAGUUUUACGUUAAUCACUUCUGGGAGUUAAAGGGUUAAUCUGGCUUUUUUCUCCCUUUCUCUCUCCCUGUAGGCUGCAGAUCUUACAAAGCCUCUGGAUAAACGACUCUACAAAGGAACAAUCCCAACUUGUCAUGAUUUCAAUUUGUUGACGCGGUCAGCCGAAAGCUUAGAGUUGUUGAUUGGGUUUUCUGCUGGACAAGUACAACUCCUUGAUCCAGUUAAACAUGAAGUCAAUAAACUUUUUAAUGAAGAGGUUAGUAUUAUUGGCAAUCAUAUCUUUAAGGUAAAAUGCUAAGGAUCAACGGAAUCAUCUGAAAACACUUACUUGAAUGGCUAUUCUCAAUUUCAACAAGUUAGGCACAUAACUCGGAGUAUUGUUUCACCCAAAGUUCAGAUUCAAAUCCAUUUUUGGGGGUUACCCUCCUCCCCUCAACCUCUUCUGCAGUAUUUUGUAAAGUUCAGGUGACAGGUUUACUGGUUUUUAUUUAUAUCCCUGGUGUGGCAGAUACAGUGGUCUAGCAUUAAGCACACUGGACCCCAGGUCAAAGGUACAGGCUUAAGAUUGGGCCAGGUCAUUGAGGUUUUCAUUAAUGGCUGAACACUUAACUCUUACAGUGGGUGUCUCCAGCUAGAUGUACUUGCAAAUUGUCAGGAAAGUCUGAAUAAAUGUCAAGUGAAGGGAAGGGGGAUAAACCUGCAUUGAACUACACCCCUACUUUCAAGAGAAACAAUGCUCUUUCUAGCUUAAUGCCACAAAAACUGGGAUAAACACCUGCUCCUUAGGCCGCUUAGGUCAAGUACAACUUCACAUAUUUGUAUUCCUUUGAUUGGACAGAGGCAUUGCCAUAAUAAAGUACCUAAAUAUGCAACUUAACACAAGGACUGCAGGCAAGGCUUGGAUCCAGUGCCUGUUUGCCAACCAUUAAACAGCUUUCCUUUCAAAUUUCUUCAGUUCUAAGUUAAUUUUUAGUUAGUAAAUGUGGAGAGUCACUGAUUUAAGACACCCCGAAAUAUUCUUAAUCAUAUGAAUCCUCUACAUUAGGAAAUAUGAGGUGACAGGAAUUUGCUUCAAAUUUUGUGACUUAUUCUUUCAGAGAUUGGUGGAUAAAACAAAGGUUAUGUGCCUGAAAUGGAUUCCUGGAUCAGAAAACUUGUUUCUAGUGGCUCAUGAAAGUGGCAACAUGUUUGUAUACAAUAAAGAACACCCACAUGGGAUAGGACCACCUCAGUAUGCUCUUAUGAAACAAGGACCUGGUUAUUCAAUUCAUAGUGGAAAAUCCAAAACUCCUCGGAACCCAGUUUGUAAAUGGACUAUCGGAGAGGGCUCGAUAAAUGAGUUUGCUUUUUCUCCAGACUGUAAGCACAUUGCUACAGCAAAUCAAGAUGGAUUUCUUCGCAUAUUUGACUUUGAUUCACAGACUUUGUGUGGUGUAAUGAAGAGUUACUUUGGAGGGAUAAUUUGUGUUUGUUGGAGUCCAGAUGGUAAGUAUAUUGUCACAGGUGGUGAGGAUGAUCUUGUGACUGUUUGGUCUUUUCUGGAGAGGAGAGUCAUAGCCCGAGGUGUGGGACACCAAUCUUGGGUUCAAGUAGUUGCUUUUGAUCCUUAUACAACGAGUGUCAGUCCAGAAGGAGGUGUUGAUGACAGUGAUGAGGAGGAAAUAGAGCAAAAUGGGAUUGUUCCAUCAUCUGGUUCUUCUUCUGUAACUGAGGAUAGAAAUGUGACUUCUUAUAGAUUUGGUUCUGUUGGACAGGACACAAAUUUUAUGUUGUGGGACCUAGGAGAUGACGUCCUAAAACCUCAGAGACCUCGUGGAAGGAGCAUGCGCACUGCCACACUUUCAAACUCAUAUGCUACUUCAGCACCUUUUGUGUCUAAUGGACCUGUUGUUCAUGAGGUGAAUCACUCUGGCAGCGGUAAUGCUGUUGCACCAAUGUCUUUUGAUGCACCAAAGAGUUUGACACAAGUACAUUCAUUAAGUAAGUCUGUGGAACACCUCGUCAAUAUUGGAAGCGUUACUCCUGGCACAGUUUUGUGUCCACGGAUGGAUGAAAUAUCCAUUUUAGAACCUUUGGUUGCAAAGAAAGUGGCAAAUGAAAGAUUAUCAGCGUUGUCUUUUAGAGAAGAUUGUAUUGUCAUGGCUUGCCAUGAAGGAUUUAUCAGGACUUGGGCGCGACCAGGUAAAGUGGUAAGUGUGAAAUGUGUGCCUGCCAUAUCUCUCACAUGUACGCAAAACUGAUAAACUCGUAAUCUGUCAUCAUUACAACAUUGCACAAUCAAAUGUGUGUUUUCCACAUGUCCAUUUAACUUAACCCUUUAACUCCUGUGAGUGACCAAGACAGAAUUUCUCCUUGCUAUAUCUAUACAAUAUCAUGCAGACAAGUGAUGAGAAAGAAGAAAAACAUAGAUUAUGGGAUUACUUAUUGGUCCGAUACCAAAUUCUCUAAACUAACAUAACAAGAAUCGUUUGGUAGACAGUAAGGAGAAUUACUGAUGAGAUCUUGGGAGUUAGAGGGUUAAAUUAGCCAUGUGUUUCAUAGUGUUAAUUAAAACUAUGUGUCUUGUUAUUGCAAUUGUGCUAUUAAAAAAAAAAAAAACUUCCAGCUGCAUUACAUCCAAGCUCUUCAAUGAUUUUGGUGUGAUCAGGGGCAAAUUUAGAUGCCAAUAUAUUUUUUAGUUACCAUGGGGGAAAAAUGGUCACAGCUUGGAGCAGUGCUGCCUGGGGGUUUAUGUAUUCACCAUUACUGUUUCUCUGUCCCCAAGGAAUGCAAAUCAGUAUCAACAGCUUCCAGGUACAGAGUAAACUGUGCUGGUGCAAUACAAAGUCUCAAAAGGAAUCAUUUGAACAAAUAAAAAGUGUCAUUUUGUGCAUGCUUUCUUUUUUCUCAGGGUGUGCAGCCUACAGGAACAGUAGUGUGAGCAGUGCUAGUGGGGAAGAUACAGAAGGGAACAACGACACGGACGAAUUACCACACUCAGCAUGUUGAGCAUCAUAAUGGACAAUUUUCAUCAUAUCACCUGCUCUUAUUCUGGGAUUUCCUAUGCUAUUAUCCAUUCUUUUCAUUUGUAAAAAGAAAUAAUCAAGACCCAGUUGUUCAAAGGGCAGAUAACACUAAAUGGAUAAAAUGCCAUCAAGCAGAAAAUAGUUAACAAAACCUGCUGCAUUAUCCUUGGUAUAAAGAUUUAUCCAGUAAUAUUGCACAAUUCAUCCUUCGAACAAUCAGGGGCUGGUGAACAAGAAACCAUGUUGAUUUAGCAACUACACAGUAAAUAGUUGUUCUCAAGUGAGCAAUAUUUCAAAAAUUGGAGUAAUUUGUUGUGGUGUUUUUGGUACAAAGAGUGUAAUCACACUGUUAUUUACUACCUGAGCCACUGGUGCUCGCAAAAUGUGAAUUUAUUUGAAACUCAUGUGAUGUGUAACAUCAAUUGCAUAUUUCCAUGUAAUUACUGGCAGAUAAUUAAAAUGAGUCUUUGGUCACACAGUAAAUAGUGGUUGGAAAGUUCAAAAGGUUGUCAGAAUUGAGCUAGAAAUGAGAGUUGACUUCAGAAGGGAAUUUUUUUUUUUUAACAACUGAGUUGAUAUUGUAAGUUUCCGACCAU